UGAAACUCGCCUGUGUGCCCUAAAGAUUGCCUGUUAAUACAAUGCUUAUGCCGUCUUCCAGUUUAGCUUGUUACCUAAUCUAUAGAAACAGUGUUUGUGUUGUGCUGCUUCGUGGUUGUCCAAGGGUAACGUAGGCAAACGAAGAUUAGCUGUGUGCGGGUGUGAUGGAGUCGUCAGGCCCGAGCACAGCCGCUCCAGAGUUUGACGUGUACGGGGCAAUGGACUGGAAGGACGGAGUGGGAACACUGCCUGGCAGCGAGCUCAAGACAGCAGCAGCUGACCGAGCGGCACUCCCUUGGACACAGGACUUAUCACAGAGCACGAUCCCACGGCCAAGGAACAGGAGGAGAGAGAGCACCCACGGCACAGAGGUGCGCGCUCCUCCCCCGACCACCUCCUCAGACAUGGAUGAACUCCUGAAACACCUCACCGAGGUUAGCAUCCGCCAGCAGCAAAUAGCCGAACAUCUCGCCGCUCGGCAAGGCCAGACGGAACAGGAGAUCGCAGCUCUCCGAGCCGCUAACCCGCCCGUGUCACCUUCGGAUGCAGCACAACACUUCCACGAGUGGGAAUAUAAAGCCCAACUACCGGCUCGGGCCCAAGCCGCCGAGCUUACACGACUGGCGCGACACUGGUUAUUAGAAGGGGACCCAUCAGCGACGCAGGUCAUCGUCGUCGACCGGUUCCUCCGGGCCCUUCCUCGCUCUCACCGCCGAGCGGUCGGCAUGAGGAACCUGACCUCGACGUCAGAGCUGGUGGAGCUGGCGGAUGCAACCCAACAGCGAGAUGUGGCGGAGAGAGCGCCGCCGUUUCCCCGGAGGGUGAGCCAGGAGCGACGCGCGCCGGAGGGCACCCCGCGACACAUGAGUAGGCCGGCGGCCCGCUCCGUGCGAGACGAACCCAUGCCAACGGAACGUCCCGCUCAAACCUGGCUGGCGGGCUGCAGCAUGCACCGGGACCUUCCUGCUGGGGCACCGGAAGACCAAGGUGAAGGUGAAUGGAAAAUCGUUCCGGGCCCUUCUAGACUCGGGAAGCGCAGUAAGCCUCAUCCAGGCGCAUGUCCUAGCCCCUCGCACGGAGUGCAAGACGGCACUGCCCAUAACUUGUGUCCACGGGGACACUCGUCAGGUUCCAGCCUGUCGGGUGACCAUCUCGGCUGCCCCAGGCACCUGGCCCGUCGAAGUGGGCGUAUUGAAGGAUCUCCCCGUACCCGUCCUGAUCGGCUGAGACUGGCCCGGAUUUGA